AUGCAGUUCCCAACUCUUGCCCUUCUCGCCAGCAUCAUGGCCGCCGCCGCCUCCGCCCAGGAGUGCAGCCACGAGGUCGCCAACUACGUCUCCGUGUGCACCCAGGGCGACAACCUGUUCUGUUCCGGCAACACCAACGUCUGCGCCAGCGGCAAGACGGACAGCUUUGACGAGGCUGCGACCAAGGCGAAUGAGGAGGCCUGCGUGGGCCUCAGCGCUGGUGAGGGCUGCACACAGACCGUCGCCUGUUGUUAA